AAUAUGGAUCUCAACAACAAAUGAAUCCAGUUACAACUCAUUUACCACUCACGCCAAUUUCUCCACCUCAAAUGCAAUGCGAACAAGAAUUUAAAGUUCGUCACCAACAAUAUGACCCAAAUCUUUUACGAUACGUUCCGGGGGGUAUUCAAGUUUAUCAUAAUCAAGGAAACACACCACAACUCCCCUUCACGUCCAUGGACGGAUUUAUCCCAUCAUAUAAUCACGGCGCAAACGGUUAUCCUUUAGAUUAUUAUUUUACUUCAGAUGUUCCAGAUGUAGCACAACAACAACAGCAGAUGAACGCGGAAACCAUGCUUCAUUACGAACAUCAUCAAAUUACACCUACACCUACCGUCUCAUCCUCCAACAAUCAAUCCCCUAACGAAAGAACCUCCCUAUAUCCGCAACAACCUGCUCAAUAUUAUCAUAAUGGAACGAAUAUGGCUGGUAAUGUCAUCAGCAAUCCAACGUUUGUUAAUUUCCUCGCAGGAUACGAGCAAAACUUUUUGGGUGGUUCU